AUGUCUGAAGAGAAAAGUAUUGCAAUUUUUGUAACAGUAACAGUGUUGGGAAUGUUGAUCCUGAGCAACCGGGCAAGCGCAGCAGUAUAUACUGUUGGGGAUGCUGCAGGUUGGAACUUCAAUGUAGCUGGCUGGGAAAAUGGCAAGCAUUUCAGGGCAGGCGAUGUACUUGUGUUCAACUAUAUACCGGCAGCUCACAAUGUCGUGUCAGUAGACAGGAGAGCAUACAACAGUUGCACCACUCCUAAGGGCGCCAAAGUGUAUCAGAGUGGAAGAGAUCGGAUUAGGCUUGUCAGGGGACAAAAUUGCUUCAUUUGCAAUUUUCCUGGGCAUUGCCAGUCUGGAAUGAAGAUAGCCAUCAAUGCUAUGUGA